CAAAACACUGCGUUUUAAUCGGGGGGAAGAAAACCAGAGAGAAACAGAGCGCAUGGAAGUGAAAGGUUGAGGCUUUAGAGAAGGAUAAACCAACAUGAGUUUGAUGGGUCAUCUUCUACCUCCAACUUCCAAGCCCUCGUUCACUGUAACCUCUCAUUUCCUUCAAAACCCACAACCCACUCUGCAAAAUUCAACCCAUAAACCCAUAAUUGUACCCGCUCUACUUUCCUUGGCUCUCGGUGUAACACUCACCUCUCCUUUACCUGCUUUAGCAAUCCCUUCUCUCAAUUCACGGACCAAUCUAGCCCCUCCCACCACUCCAUUCUCUCAAUCCAAGACUCUCCAGACUGGGCUCGAAAAUGGAAAAAUCAGACCUUGUCCAUCAAGUAAUCCGGCAUGUAUAUCAACAAAUCCGAGAUCAUCAUCGUUUGCGUUUCCGUUGACGAUUCCUGAAAAAUCUUCCGGCAAUGCAAUUCAGAAGUUGCAAGAAGCAAUCUUGGAAACUCAAAAGAAUCCGAAAAUUAAGAUUUUGGAAGACACCCCAGAUGGCCAAUAUUUACAAGCUGAGGUUGAUGGAGGGUUUGGCAGAGAUGUGCUGGAGUUUCUGGUGAAAGGAGACUUGGUUUCUUACAGGUGUAUGGCCACAAAAGUAACCUAUUUGUAUCCUUUCACUACUGCUCUAGGGAACUCAAAGGGGCAAGAAGAAAGAAUGAAGAAAAUUACUGACCAGUUGGGGUGGUAUGCUCCAAGUUUUGAAGCUGAAGCAAUCGAUGAGAAUGAAGCCAUGGACAUGUCCCGGAAUUAGUCUUUGUUCUUCACUACAAUGAGAUUGGUAUCCGGUAGCUAGCUCACUUGUUUUAUUCUACACUGGUUCUGUUAUUAUUAUCUCCAUGUGCUCAUAUCUCAGUAAAUUGAUAACAUGAUGAAUAUAUACCUUCAAUUGUUAAUAGAAUUUGUGUUCAAGUUU